UUCGCGGGACUCUGGCUACGCGCAUGCGCACUACGUUGAGUUUAACAGUUUCGCGCGCUGGGCUACAACAGAGUUUACCGAACAGCGUGCGGCUUCUGAACCGCAGUAUUUCUUAUCUGAAUUACGAGGAGACAGCAUGUGGAACCAAGGGGGAUACAGUGAGUCAAGCACGGUCGGAGGCUACACUCAGUCACCGGGGGGGUUCGGGUCACCUGCCGCAUCCCAGGGGGGAGAGAAGAAAGGGAGGACCCGUGCCUCUCAGAUCAUCCCCUGCACAGUGUCCCAGCUGAUGUCCGCCUCCCAGGCGGAGGAGGCCUUCAAAGUAGGAGAAGUGGAGGUUUCCCAGGUCACAUUUGUGGGUAUCAUCAGGAGCACAGACAAAUCCAUGACCAACAUCCAGUACAAGGUGGACGACAUGACCUGUGCUCCCAUGGACGUGAAGCAGUGGGUGGACACUGAGGAUGCCGGUGUGGACAGCACCGUCCUGCCUCCGGGGACAUAUGUCAAAGUCUCUGGCAAUCUGCGCUCCUUCCAGAACCACAGGUCCGUCGUGGCCUUUGGCGUCAGGCCCCUGGAGGACAUGAAUGAACUGACCUCGCAUAUGCUGGAGGUCGUGCAGGCGCACAUGGCGCUCAGCAAACCUCACUCUGCGGCGAGUGAUGGAGGUGGAAAGAGCAGUGACGGGACUCCUAUUUCACGACUCACCACAGGAAGCCGGGCGGGGAGCUAUGAAGGAGCCACGGACAUCGUGAACAACGGGUUGAGUGCCAACCAGAACCAGGUGCUGAGCUUGAUCAGAGGCUGCCCAGAACCAAAAGGCAUCAGCAUCCAGGAGCUGAAGCAGCGACUCAGCGUCCUGAGUAUGGGGCUCAUAAAGCAAGCUGUGGAAUUCCUGAGCAACGAAGGUCACAUCUUCUCCACCAUCGACGACGAGCACUUCAAAUCCACAGACAACGACGAUUAUGUUCAGCAUCUUACCGGAGCCAGCGGGGCGGGCCGCCUCCUGUUCACCGUCAGGGACGCCAUCUCCUCGGUCGGGGCGCCUUUGUCCGGCCUGCGGGACUUUCCUUCCUCGGAGGUCUUCUUUGAGGAUUUCUUGGAAGAAGAUGACGCCGACGUUGACAGAUUCCGUUUGGGCGGGAACGUGUCCGUCACCUCGAUGACGCGCUCCACGCGGCACUCGGGGGUGUGGCCGCCGGCCCACGGCAGGGCGAGCCUCGUGAAGGAGACGGACAUGGAGAGCCACUGGGUCGGCAUCUCGAAACAGCGGUCCGGCCUGUUGGGGAAGCUCGCCUGGAUGGUGGGCUCCGACAUGGCGCCCUCUAUCCUGAGAGACGCGAACCCCACCAGGGGGUCGGCCUCCAGCUGGGCGUCCCGGCUCACGACCUUCACGUCCAGCGGCAAACUGAACUGCUUGCACAGGUCUUUGAGUUUGUACUUCUUGUUGUCAGCUAUCACCUCCACAAAGUGGCCCCGCAUGAACAGAGGCAGGAGGAUCUCCUCCAUCCCGUCCUGCUGCUGCUCGUCCUCUUCGUCCUCUUCGUCCUCAUCGUCAUCGUCCGGCUCCUGGAGACGCCGACACAAAAGAGCCUCCACGGCCUGGUUCUGUCCCCGGCCGCCGCGCGCCAGCUGCACCGCGUCGCAGCGAACGACCUCCAGCAGGUCGCCCACACUGAGGCCAGGCAGGCCUUCCUCCUCGUCCUCCUCACAGCUCCGCGUCACCGACACCUUCAGGCCCGGCGACUGCAUCGAGGCGACGUACAGCUCGUACGCCGAAUCGAACUCUCUCGGCCUCCGGCGGAAGCGGCCGGCGACCAUGGCAGAGGUUCCGAUCUUGUGGAAGAUCACGUGGGAGUCUUUGCUGAGUUCUGGCAGCCAGCUGCACCUGAGCAUGGAAUGGGUGUCCGGGGCCUCCAGGAUCUCGAUGACCGCCGGGAAGCACUCCUCCGGCUGGGAAAGGACCUCCGGCAGACUGAGCGGGGUCACGAAUUCCACAUCGCCGCACGCCUCCGUGACGUCCACCACGUCCACCUCCAGGCUGGAGGGGAACUUAAAGAUGCAGGGCGAGGACAUGAUGUCCCGCACCGUGAAGCAUUCCUCGCUCUCACACUCUCUGAACUCCCCGUGGGAGGAAAUCGGGAGACACACUUCGGCGGAGACGUCCUGCUGCCCUCGAACGUGGCACCGCACGCCGUCCUCCUCGCCCGGCUGCCGCUCCACCGACAGCACCGUCAGAACCGAGCCGGCCCCCAGCGUGAAGCCGCCCACGCUGAUCUUGGAGCGGAUGGAGAAGGUGAAGGGAAGACAGGAGUCCAGGCCCACGGGCCUCAGGCUCAGCAUCUCCUCCAGCGUGCUGGCAGGAAAGCCGCCUCAGGGUCUCCACCUGGACGUGAUGAAGGGAGACAAGCUGAUGGAGAAACUGAUCAUAGAUGAAAAGAAAUACUACUUGUUUGGAAGGAACCCGGACUGGUGUGACUUCACCAUCGACCAUCAGUCGUGCUCGCGUGUCCACGCCGCCCUGGUCUACCACAAACACCUGAAAAGGCUCUUUCUCAUAGACCUCAACAGCACCCAUGGUACUUAUCUGGGACACAUCCGUCUGGAGGCACACAAGCCCCAGCAAGUUCCCAUAGACUCUACGGUGUCUUUUGGGGCCUCAACCAGGACCUACACCAUCCGAGAAAAACCCCAGGCCCAAGGCACCGCCGGCACAGGAGACAGUAAGACGGGCGAGGACGAGGAGCUGAAAGGACUGCUUGGGCUUCCAGAGGAAGAGACGGAGCUGGAGAACCUGACCGAGUUCAAUACAGCUCACAACAAGCGCAUCUCCUUGCUGACCAUUGAGGAGGGUAAUCUGGAGAUCCAGAGGCCCAAGAGGAAGCGGAGGAACUCCAGGGUUACCUUCAAUGAGGACGACUCCAUCAUUAACCCUGAAGAUAUAGACCCUUCGGUGGGGCGGUUUAGAAACAUGGUGCAGACGGCUGUGAUCCCAAUCAAGAAACGCAGAUCCGAGGGUCACAACACUCUCGGCCUCGAUGACGUGACUUCAAAGCGGAUCCACAGCUACAGCUUGGGUGGGGGUCUCUACGGGGACUUGCCUCCCACCAGUCACGAGAACCAGCCCACGGGAGCUCCGGGAGGGGCUUCCAUGCAGGGAGGGCUUCCUCUGCCCUUCCCCAAUCCGGCGCCAGAGGUGGACCUGGCCCCCGAGGCGCCCCAGCCCCCGGUCACACUCAACCCCACCCCCGUCACAGCCCCCUACCUACCAGAGACACACAACGAGCCACGCAAAAAGAAGUAUGCCAAAGAAGCUUGGCCAGGGAAGAAGCCCACCCCGUCACUACUCAUCUAACCGUUUGACUCUCAGGUUACCGGCAGAAACAUCUGGAACUGUGACCCGGCAGAGGUGGAUUCAUUCACAUCUCAAACUUAGUUUGAUUUUUUUUUUUUAUUUGUCGUGUUAAUCGUCGUCUCUCUGUGGACGGUCAUCGAUGGUCGGCAGGAAUACAGCAGCAGCUUCUUGAUUGGAAACACAUUUAACCUAAAUUAAGACUUGGCAGUGCUGUGAGGGACGGCCCACGUGCUGUGGUUAUGUUUUCAAUGUUACGUUGGUUUUUUUGUUUUUUUUCUACUAAUCACUUUUUCAAUUUUUUUUUCUCACUCCGUCAGUGUUUUGAUAAAGCUGUUUAACCAAUGGCAAAAAAUACUUUUAUAUGAAAUAUUUUAAUGUGGGAAAGUCGGUAUCCAGACAUGAAGUCAGUUUCUAUCAAAACACAGGGCUGCUUUUUAUUGUGAAAACCUCUUGACAUAAUGUAAAGCCUUCUCAUUACAUUUCUUAGACCAAUAUGGCAUCAACUCAAGUGUUGUGUAUUUGUCCAACAAGCCACUAGAUGGUGACUCGUGCACAAUGGUCAAAGUUUUCAGUGAGGUUCAGCUGCACACUUGAAGGACCUGGUGUUCAUGCUCCGUUGCACCAACCGUCCCGUUUUAGGAUCUAUCCGGUGCUGAAAGUGAUGACGGAACGCUCUGGUUACAGAUAAAAGCCACUUGCCCUGUCCCAACAUUAUGCUGAUCCAAUCUGUCCUUCAGCUUCUUCCAGUAUA